UGUAUGGCACCACCAACGGCCUCGACGAGAUCGUUACUAUCGUCGAGGAAAAGUUGUCGACCGUUCGGCGGCAAAUUCCCGUAGAAGGCAAGAAGGAUGUAUACCACAUCCUUUUCGAAGCGUGGGCAGGCAGUGAAGGUUGGGCUUUGAAGGACGAUUCCAGUGUCCCCCAUGGCCCCAUCAUUAGUACUAGAGAGCGCAUUGCCGAAUGGCACAUCGAGCAUGCUGAAAAUGGCCGUUCUUUUGCCUACACGAUUCGACCGGUCACCAAGGCUGUCGGCGCUGCCUAUUACACUGCGACUAACGACGAGGGCCAAGUAAACAGACUUCUAGUCACCUGUGCCGAACUUCAGGAAAUUGGGAGGUGCCUAGUUCCUCAUUUGAAAGACCCAGAAUUCUGUCCGACUCGGAUCCCCCCAGCACACUUAGACAUAAACCAUCACUAUCUUGCUACCAAGCUCGGUGAUCAGCGUCCUAUGUCCACUGCUGGUAAGACCAAAGGCUACUACGGUACUACGAGACUCCAUCGCACGAAGUCCCCGCACGCACUGAGGUUUCACAUUGGUGGGGGCACCGCGGACUUCACAUUCGAUGUUGAAGUCUCGCCUCGGGAGAAUUCGGAAGCGGUACUCCGAUCACGCCAUCGGGAGUGUGACGCGUUACAUACCGCCUCCAUCGACUCCCUAGUGUACCAACCAUUACCCAUUCCCUACUCGUUGCUGAGCGCAGUUCUUCCUGCGUUCGCGCGAGGAUGUCCAGGAGCGCUGCUACAGCGUUCACGGCUAUUCGACUCCCUUCGGCUAUCCAGAUCCUCCGGAUUACCGUAG